AUGAGCAAGUAUGCAUUUGGGAGGGAAAUUCCAGAUCAAGGGUAUGAAGAGCUAUUAAGAAAAGUUGUACAUUAUGCUGCCGGUCUUCCCUUAACAAUCAAAGUUUUGGGUUCACAUCUUUGUGGUAGGACUGAGAAUGAAUGGGUAGACACCAUAGAAAGACUAAAAACCAUUCCCUUGGAGAAAACUUUGAAAAGAUUGGAAAUAAGCUAUAAUGGCCUGGAGAAUGAUGAGAAAGUAAUAUUCUUUGAUGUUGUAUGCAUUCUGAAAGGUGAAAUGAAAGAUGACUCAAUAAGAAUACUUGAAAGUUGUGGGUUCAAUGCUCAGAUUGGUUUAAGAGUUCUUGAGCAGAAAUCUUUGAUAACUAUUUCUGAUAAUGACGGUUUGCGUUUCCAUUACCAUAUAAAAGAAAUGGGUUGGAAUAUUGUUCAUGGUUUGCACCCUCUUGAGCCUAGCAAGCAUACCCGAUUAUGGAUUAAAGAGGAAAUUGAAGAUAUAUUGGUUAAUGAAUUGGGUACCGAAGUAACAAGAAGUAUUAAACUAAAAUACACAAGUCUCCAACCAACAACUAUCAUGAGAGGUCUUAGGAAAAUGAGGGAACUUAGAUUUCUUUCCGUGCAUAUAGGAGAUAUAGUAUGGGCUGUUGAUGAAGUUAGCCAAUACUUACCAGAUGCAUUACAAUCCCUAUAUUGGCCUCAAUACCCUUUUCGGUCUUUACCUCAAACGUUUCAAGCAAAUAAGCUCGUUAACCUAGAAAUGGUUUGGAGCAAUAUAUCUGAACUUUGGGAAGGAGGAGAGAAAAAGGUUCUAAAUAAGUUAAGAUUCAUUGACCUCAAAUAUUCAAAGUUAGAAACCUUUGACCUUAGUAUGACUCCAAAUCUCGAAAAGUUAAAUCUGGAAGGAUGUUGUGACUUUUUCAAACUACACAUCCCCGUUGAACGUCCAAAGCUCAAAUUCCUCACUCUCAUUGGUUCUAAGGUGAGUAACCUUAACCUUGGGAUGAUUCCACAUCUCAUGAAGUUAAAUCUUGAUGGAUGUAAUGAAUUUGUAAAACUCCACUUGCCUGUUGAAUGUCCAAACCUCAAAUCCAUAGAUCUUAGUGGUUCUAAGGUGAGUAACCUUAACCUUAGGAUGAUUCCAAACCUCAAGGUAUUACAUAUCGAAGGAUGUAAAGAAUUUGCAGAGCUUUACUUGCCUGUUGAGUGUUCGAGCCUCAAAUUCCUCUACCUCUGUGGUUCUAAGGUGGGUAAGCUUAACCUUGGGAACACUCAACAUCUCGAAAAGUUGAAUUGUGAAGGAUGUAAUGAAUUUGUUGAACUCCACUUGCCCGUUGAAUGUCCAAAGCUCAAAUUUCUCAACCUCAAAGGUUCUAUGGUGAGUAACCUUAACCUUGGGAUGACUCCACAUCUCGAAGAGUUAAAUCUUAGCGGAUGUUAUGAUUUUGUAGAACUCCACAUGCCCAUUGAAUGUCCAAAGCUCAAAUUUCUCAACCUCAAAGGUUCUAUGGUGAGUAUUCUUAACCUUGGGAUGACUCCACAUCUUGAGGAUUUAAAUCUUAGCGGAUGUGGUGAAUUUGUAGAACUCCACAUGCCCGUUGAAUGUCCAAAGCUCAAAUUUCUAAACCUAAAGGUUCUAAGGUGA